GCGCAGCAGUUACCGGAAAAUUCCUCCUUUCGGGAAGACGAACCAAAACGAUCUGGACGCGGCUGGAAAACGGCGAGCGCGCCAACACCGCGACCUGUGACCCCGUCAGAGCGAUCCCAGGUUCGGGGAACUGAACCGGGGAAUACUAAACCCGGUCCCCCCCCCCCCCACCCGAAGGCUGGAGGACCGAACCUCGGUUUAACUUGUACCCGGUGGGAAGCGCUGCUGGGUCGGACAGCGGUUUGCGCACUGACGCGCACUGACAUCCAAUCAGGAUUUGUUGUUUUUGUUUUUUUUCAAGUCCUCCAGGUUUCAAACGGACCCCCCCGCCCCCCCCCGGCAAUGAUCCCGUAUUGCCUGCGGAGAGCUCUCCCACCCGCCGUCCGGAGACUGGCUCCAAGAAUUCCGCCCGGGCGAUGGAUGGGGACGCACGGCAGAAAGGAGCCCAAGGAGCCCCUCAACUCCCCCAAAAGGGCCAAAGAAUUCAUCUACCAGCUCCAGCCCAACGAGAGGACCUGUCUGCUGGAGGAGCUGCAGAGUUUCGAGUCCAUGGCCAUUGCCCAAGAAACUCUGGAGCCUUCCCCACCAACGACGGCACAGAUCAGAUACAUUCUUCUCCAUAAUGCCAUCCCCUUUGUUGGAUUUGGUUUCCUUGACAACGCCAUCAUGAUAGCAGCGGGAACACAGAUUGAGCUGUCCAUAGGAGUCACUCUGGGGAUCUCCACCAUGGCUGCGGCGGCUCUGGGGAACCUGGUGUCAGAUCUGGCGGGUCUCGGUCUAGCGGGCUACGUGGAGGCUCUGGCCUCCAGACUGGGGAUGCAGGUUCCUGACUUGACUCCCAAGCAGGCUGACAUGUGGCAGACCAGACUCAGCUCUCACAUGGGUAAAGCCAUAGGUGUCACCAUCGGCUGCAUCUUCGGCAUGUUCCCUCUCCUCUUCUUGGGUGACGACGACGAGAAGAAAGACAAGAACGCACCACCUGUCACUCACACAGCCUCCCGCCCCUAGCCGUCCUUCACCCGGACCACUUCACUUCUACCGAUUGUCACUAACCAACAGCCCGUCACUAACAUCUGUUUUACAUGCAUGCCAGUCACCACGAGGAGGAGGAGGAGGAGGAUGGUGCUCGCACUCCGGGGCUCAGAGGAGCGUCAGGUCAGAGGAGUGUCAUCUUUGGAUUUUGUUUUAUUAGUUCAACACUAUAUUUAAAGGGUUCAUCUCCAACACAGAACACGCAUGUCGGGGGAACAAAGUUCAUCUCUCUUCCGUUGAAAAACAUGAGCUAGCGGUGUGUACGAUGAAGGCUGCCGUUGGCGGACCGAGGAUUAAGUCCUGUGCCGUCACCGUUUCACGCGUCGUUCUCUUGACCGGAGACGCACCGAAACCCGUGUUAGCUCGACGUCCAAGACAACACCACACACACACACACGAACAAGAGGAACAAACGGCCAACUGCUACCUCCAUAGCAAUAUUAUACCUGUUUUGCAUGACGACUCCAUGUAACUUCAAAUAUAUAUAUUGACUUUUUGAUCUUUAUAUGUGAUUUCGAUUUGUACACUUGAAAGGCUUUGUCUGAGCUGGGCCGCAUAAGGAAAGGCCGCACUAAGUCUCGUGGCACUAGCGGGAAUCUGUCUGGGAUCAGGCAUCACCGGGUUCGGCACGAAAGCCGCCGUUUGCCUUCCAGAGCACAAGACGAGCAUGUUUUCCCUCCUUUCGCUCCGUUUCUCCAUCUUUUCUCUCCCUCUCUCUCUUCCCAUCUGUUCAUCUCUCGUCUCCCGGACACACACGCACACUAACUCUGAACUCAUUAGAUUUUAACGUCGACACUUUAUCCUCGUUAGCGGUCUCAUCGGGUCGGCAGAACGGCUCAGCUCUAGUUUUAACUGUCCAGCCCGAGGAGAAGACCCAAAGGGACUCGGUCACUGAGAACUAUCUGAACCCGGAUCAGAGUAACCCGCGGCAUUUUGCAUUUGUAACUGGAUUUAUUCGGAUUUUAUACAGCAGCUUCUCGCUCUAAUUUCUAAAUCUGCUGUUCCGUUGUGGGGUAUUCUUUAGGGAGUAAGACCCAGUUAUAGGGGGAGAUUGUAUUUCACCUUCAUCUUGCACAGGAUGGAAUUUUUCUACUUGUGAUUUUUAGGGGUGGCGAUGAUGUCAGUGUACAGUCUCAACAUGCCCAAUAGUUCAUCGUUUACCUUCGCAUGAUCAUCCGUGUCAGUAUGGUUUGCUGUCAGUGUUGAAACACUCUGAAGAAACUCCGUGUGGACGGACUGUCAGUAACUGCUGUGUGUUGGUUGUACGUGAAUAUGAAAGAAACAGAAACCUGCUCAAUAAAAACCACAUGAAAACGUCUGCUCAUAAGACCGGAAGUGGGUGGUGUUGUUGUUGUUGUUGUUGUUUCCAGCUAUGUUUUCAGAAACAGGAACGACACACCGGAGCGGCAGGAUGAGGAGGGAGGAGGAAGACCUGCAGUAGUGCCAAACAGGAUUUGAACCAGUGCCCCCCCCCCCCGAAGAUGUCCUAAUCCAACAUGGCAACCUGUUAAACCGACUGAACCAACAGGACACACCCCACUCGUGUU